CAUGCGCAGGAGGAAUGAUUCCUAUGUGAACGCGACACAGAUCCUCAAGGUCGCCGGGGUGGACAAAGGUCGUCGAACCAAGAUUCUUGAGAAAGAAAUCCUGCCUGGGAAACACGAGAUUGUUCAGGGAGGAUACGGCAAGUAUCAAGGAACAUGGAUUCCUCUGGAACGCGGACGCGACAUCGCGCUACAAUAUGGAGUGGCGCCCUUACUCGCUCCUCUGUUUGAUUUUACCCCGAGUACAAACGCGCUUGGAGCAUUGCCAGUUAGCACGCCAGUCGGUACAGCUUCUCCUCGCCCACUCUCUGCUUCCUCCUCCUAUUCCAGCAUUGGUGCACCAGGGAACUAUAUGGGAGCGCUACCGUCCUCUCUGGCCCCACCUCCCAUCAUGCCUGGCUCGGCACUUCGCCUUCUUAACCAAGGAAGGGCUCAAGGCCUCUUCACCCCUACGACCUCUGGUAUCUCAGCGUUGAACCAAACCCGUCCUUCUGGGUUUGCCUCCCCUGGUCCUUAUCCAGGAGGGUCAUUUAGCCAAUCUCCUCAUCCCCAAACAUCCGAAACUCCUCCACCCAGUACUGCCACUCUAAAACGAAACAGGUCAGAAGCCGACGUCGAUACAAUAGGCGGGACGCAUCCAGAUUUUCUGCAAGCAGAUCGCUCAAGACCAGCUUCCGCCAAUUCGCAGGCCAACGGCGAAGACAACCCUUCGCCCGCCAAACGUCCUCGGACCGACUCUGUAACUCAAGAACCUCAUUCCCUUUCACAACCCACGACAUGGCCAUCAUCCUCGAGAACACACCAGCCUGGUUUCAACGGAACCCCACGUCCCUCCAGCUCGCUCUCCUUAACAAACGGCGCUUCUGGCGCCCCAAUGAGUCGAUCCCCCGAACUCGACGUCCACAAAACACGCUUCGCUUCAAAGCCACUGCUGCCUCGCCCAGGCCAGGCAUCUUCUCACUACAAGGACGGCAGAAGGGCCGCCGUUGUGGCAGCAAUAUGCCAACGAGACGACCCUAUCGUCGUCCUGGACCUUCUGCGCGAAAUAUGCUCGGACCCAGGGCAUUCCGAUGCUUCUGUCGGCACACUGGAAGUCGACACGAUCCUGGAUGAUCAAGGGCACACAGCCCUCCACCUAGCGGCAAGCAUGGGCCGGCAACAAACCGUCGCCUUGCUCAUAACGAACGGGGCGGACAUGCACCGUGGAAACUUCCUCGGCGAGACACCUCUUAUCCGUGCUUGCAUUGCGACACACAAUGCCGACCUCCAAACAUUCGGCGACCUAGUGGUUGCCCUACAUCCCUCCAUUCGGACUCUGGACACAUCACGGAAGUCAGUCAUUCAUCAUAUUGUUGCACUCGCGGGCGUCAAGGGACGUGCUGUCGCCGCACGAUAUUACAUGGAUCAAAUUUUCAUGUGGGUUGCACAGCAGCAAGGAGGCGACUUCCGUUCGAUAGUUGACCUGCAGGACGAGCAUGGCGACACUGCAUUAAACAUUGCUGCAAGGGUUGGGAAUCGGAGUCUUGUCAGGACCUUGUUGGAUGUCGGUGCAAAUCGAAUAUUGCCAAAUAAAUUGGGUCUCCGCCCUGGUGAUUUCGGUGUCGAGACAGAGGAGCUGAGUGGCGGUCCAAGAGCAGAGGAUAUUCUAUCGUCACUGCGUUCUGGUCCUCCUGUACCCGUUCAAAAGAGCCAAGAUGUCAUUGCUGACAUGACCUCAAUGAUCCAAAAUCUAAGCUCCGAGUUCCAGACAGAAAUAAAGACAAAACAAGACGCCCUCGACGUGACCCAAGCCCAUCUACGUGCAGCUACCCGCGAGCUCUCCGAACAACGGAAACAAAUCCAAGCCUGGCAAACACGAUGCGGCGAGCUUGAUCAGAUCAAUCAGCGCAUCCGGAAUGUGCAGAAGGCCAUCAAGGACGAGGACCAGUUAGAUUGGACAGGGCGAACAAAUCUCGACGGCACCGACGCCCGCGACACGGCUGGUCCAAGCUUUGCUUAUAGAGGUGCCAGCUCGACGAUGAUUGGUGUUGGAGGUUCAGUGGAUAUUUCGUUCAAUGUGGAUUCGGAGCCGCCUCUGCCUUCUGGUGACUCUGUGGUAACACUGAUUAAGCUGAGGAGGCUCAAGAUGUGGCAUGUGCGGAUGGAGGAGCUGGUGAAUGCGAGGUUGAAGGGGCUCCAGGGUGCAAGUGCGGAGAAGGAAUAUCAAUGCAAAAAGAUUGUGGCUCUAUGCACUGGACUUCCAAUUGACAGGGUCGAAGAGAUGCUGGAAAAUCUUGUUAUAGCUGUUGAGAGUGAGGCACAGAUUGUUGAUUUGGGCCGCGUCUCUGGCUUUAUGCAAAAGGUUCGAGACGGCAUUAUAUA